CCUGACGUCAGUUUGCACAAGUAGCAGUGGGCCGUCUCGCCGCGCGUCCUCCGAAACGGCGUGUCGGUGUCAGAGUCAACCAGUGGGGGAACAGAUGAGCUCCACUCUGCAAAACUUCUGGAGCGACUUGAAAACGAUCUCUCAACGCAUUUAAAAGUGGACUCAAAAAGAAAGACAGAAAACAAUCCGAAAGAAAAGAUAGAAAAACCCAGAUCAGCUUGAAGAUGAACACCUGCGCCUUUUUGUUGAUUCUCACCGUGCAGAUCUCCGCCGAUGGGAUCGAGGGGCCAACAGAUUUUGUCGAGAAUGUUCUGCGGCACUCCAUCCUGCACUGUUCCGUUUCAUCACUGCAAACUACCGUGGCAUCUGCUGGAUGCACAUUUGAAGAGGAUUCCGAUCCUAGUCUGUGUGACUUUGCACAGAGCGAAGAAGAUGACUUUGAUUGGCAGUUGUUCCGGGCGCACAAUUCUCCGUACGCCGGUUCGGACCUCUUGCGGGGUUCCUACAUGUUGGUCAACUCCUCGCAGCACGUAGCGGGCCAUUGCGCUCAGCUGCUGCUGCAGAGUCUGAGUGAGAACGACACACACUGCGUCCAGUUUAGCUACUUCCUGUACAGCCGCGAUGGCCACAGUCCAGGGAGCCUAAAGGCAUAUGUGCGUGUCAAUGGCGGUCCGUUGGGCAACCCGGUGUGGAACACGUCGGGAUCUCACGGGAAACAGUGGCAUCAGAUGGAGCUGGCUGUCAGCACCUUCUGGCCAAAUGAAUAUCAGGUUCUGAUUGAGGCUACGGUUUCCACGGAGCGACAAGGGUACAUUGCGAUCGAUGACGUCAUGGUGCUCAACUAUCCUUGCUAUAAGGCACCGCAUUUCUCCAGGCUUGGGGACGAGGAGGUGAACGCUGCACAAAAUGCAACUUUCCAGUGUGUGGCUGCUGGAAAGGCUUCCGAGGCUGACAAAUUUCUUCUGGAGAGACACAACGGGGAGAUUAUAACCAGUGCGACGGUCAAGCACCUAAGUCACCGGCGUUUUGUGGUAUCGUUCCAGUUAGACAGCGUCCAGAGGUCAGAUCAAGACCUUUACCGCUGCAUCACGCAGUCCCCCAAGGGAUCGGGGGUUUCGAACUUUGCAGAACUCAUCGUAAAAGUACCACCUUCCCCUAUCGCGCCACCUCAGCUGCUGCGUGCUGGCUCCACUUACCUAAUCGUCCAGCUCAACACCAAUUCCAUCCUUGGAGAUGGGCCCAUUAUUCGGAAAGAGAUUGAGUAUCGGGCCAGCCAGUCUCCAUGGUCCGAGGUGCACGGAGUGAACAUGGUGACCUACAAGCUGUGGCACCUGGAUCCCGACACCGAAUACCACAUCAGUGUGCUGUUGACUCGGCCGGGAGAAGGCGGCACAGGCCCACCCGGACCUCCGCUAGUCAGCAGGACCAAGUGCGCUGAACCCAUGCGUGCACUACGAGGCCUGACAGCCACAGACAUCCAACCCAGGCAGUUGUCCCUGCUGUGGGAGAACUUAGCCUUCAACGUGACACGCUGCCACACCUACUCAGUGUCCCUUUGCUACCGCUACACAACAGCGGGAGGCGGCGGCGGCCACAACACCACCGUGCGUGAAUGCCUGGCCGUGGAGCACAACGCCUCACGCUUCACGCUGCGUGAUCUGCCGCCCUACCACGGCAUCCAUGUCCGUCUGUCACUGGCCAACCCGGAGGGCAAGAAAGAGGGCAGAGAGGUCACCUUCCAGACUGAGGAAGACAUCCCAGGAGGCAUAGCACCAGAGUCGCUGACCUUCACUCCAUUGGAUGACAUGAUCUUCCUGAAGUGGGAGGAGCCACUUGAGCCCAAUGGCCUUAUUACCCAAUAUGAGAUUAGUUACCAGAGCAUCGAGUCGUCUGAUCCCGGCAUCAACGUCCCAGGACCAAGAAGAACCGUCUCCAAGCUAAAGAACGAGACCUAUCACAUGUUCUCCAAUCUUCACCCAGGGACCACCUACUUGAUCUCUGUGCGGGCUCGUACGGGGAAAGGCUUUGGCCAGACAGCCCUGACUGAAAUCACCACAAACAUCUCGGCGCCGACAUUCGAUUACGGAGACAUUCCAUCCCCCUUGAGUGAAACCGAGGACACAAUAACUGUCGUUCUGCGCCCUGCCCAAGGAAGGGGCGCCCCUGUCAGCACAUACCAGGUGGUGGUCGAGGAAGAGACUGUGAAGAAAGUGAAGAGGGAGCUGGGGCUUCAAGAGUGUUUCCCUCUGCCGAUGUCCCACGGUGAGGCCUUGGCCCGGGGCACCCCGCACUAUUACACCGCUGAGCUACCACCCAGCAGCUUGCCAGAGGCCAGUCCCUUCACUGUGGGGGACAAUCAUACUUACAACGGAUACUGGAAUACGCCUUUGGACCCACGCAAAAGCUACCUUGUCUACUUCCAGGCUAUGAGCAACUUCAGAGGGGAAUCAAGAAUAAACUGCAUCCGCAUUGCUCGCAAAGCCGCCUGCAAAGACCAUCGCAAGGCUUUGGAGGUGUCCCAGAGCUCGGAGGAGAUGGGGCUGAUUCUGGGAGUGUGUGUCGGCGGCCUGGUGGUGCUCAUUCUUCUGCUGGGUGCUGUCAUCAUUAUCAUUAAGAAAGGAAGGAACUACUACUCUUAUUAUCCGAAACCUGUGAACAUGAACAAGACGCCGAUUACGUAUCGCCAGGAGAAGAGCCACAUGGGCUCCAUGGAGCGAAGUUUCACCGACCAGAGCACUUUGCAGGAAGAUGAGAGGAUGGCUCUUUCCUUCAUGGAUGCACACACUUGUGGAACCCGAAGCGAUCCUCGCAGUUCGGUGAACGAGGCCAGUAGUCUGCUGGGAGGCUCCCCGAGGCACCCGUGCGGACGCAAAGGCUCCCCCUAUCACACGGGGCAGCUGCACCCGGCCGUCCGUGUGGCCGACCUGCUCCAGCACAUCAACCAGAUGAAGACGGCCGAGGGCUACGGUUUUAAACAGGAAUAUGAGAGCUUCUUUGAUGGCUGGGACUGCACAAAGAAGAAAGACAAAACCAAAGGGAGGCAGGACACCUUACUGGGAUAUGAUCGCCACAGAGUCAAACUCAACCCUCUCUUGGGAGACCCCAAUUCCGACUAUAUCAACGCCAACUACAUUGAUGGCUACCAUCGAUCCAACCACUUCAUCGCAUCUCAGGGACCCAAACAGGAGACACUCUAUGAUUUCUGGAGGAUGGUGUGGCAGGAGAAUUGUUUCAGCAUCGUCAUGAUCACUAAACUAGUGGAAGUCGGCCGGGUGAAAUGCUGCAAAUACUGGCCGGAUGACAGCGAGAUGUACGGCGACAUCAAAAUCACUCUGCUUAAAACGGAGACGCUUGCCGAAUACACAGUCCGCACUUUUGCCUUGGAAAGGAGAGGAUACUCAACCAAGCAUGAGGUCCGUCAGUUUCACUUCACAUCCUGGCCCGAGCAUGGGGUGCCCUAUCACGCCACUGGUUUGCUCGCCUUUAUACGAAGGGUGAAAGCUUCGACGCCCCCCGACGCCGGUCCUGUCGUCGUCCAUUGCAGUGUGGGGGCGGGCCGCACGGGUUGCUACAUUGUGCUGGAUGUCAUGUUGGACAUGGCUGAGUGUGAAGGUGUGGUGGACAUCUACAACUGCGUCAAGACUCUCUGCUCACGACGCAUCAACAUGAUCCAGACAGAGGAGCAGUAUAUAUUCAUCCAUGAUGCCAUUUUGGAGGCUUGCUUGUGCGGCGAGACGGCCAUCUUGGUCAACGAGUUCGCGGUUGCCUACAGAGAAUUACUGAGGGUGGAUUCCCAGAGUAAUUCCUCACAGCUCCGGGAGGAAUUUCAGACACUAAACUCUGUGACUCCACACUUGGAUGUGGAGGAGUGCAGCAUCGCCCUGUUGCCCCGAAACCGAGAAAAGAACCGCAGCAUGGACGUUCUGCCGCCCGAUCGCGCCCUGGCCUUCCUGGUGACGACGGAAGGGGAGAGCAACAAUUACAUCAACGCCGCUCUGGCCGACAGCUUCCACCAGCAAGCUGCCUUUAUCGUGACCCCGCACCCUUUGCCCGGCACCACGGCCGACUUCUGGAGGCUGGUCUUCGACUACGGUUGCACGGCCGUGGUUAUGCUCAACCAACUGAAUCAGUCCAACUCAGCCUGGCCAUGUGUCCAGUACUGGCCCGAACCUGGUCUACAACAAUAUGGACCCAUGGAGGUGGAGUUUCUCUCCAUGUCAGCCGAUGAAGAUGUCAUUACUCGCCUCUUUCGGGUCAAGAACGUCACAAGGCUGCAAGAGGGCCAGCUGGUGGUGUGUCAGUUCCAAUUCCUUCGCUGGUCGCCAUACCGGGACGUUCCCGACUCUAAGAAGGCGUUCCUCAACCUGCUGGCUCAAGUGCACAAGUGGCAAAGAGAGUGUGGAGAAGGCCGCACCGUGGUCCACUGCCUUAAUGGUGGCGGUCGCAGCGGGUCUUUCUGUGCCUGCAACAUUCUCCUGGAGAUGAUCCAGUACCAGAACAUGGUGGACAUCUUCUACGCCGUCAAGACACUACGCAACUGUAAACCCAACAUGGUGGAAUCGCUGGACCAGUAUCGAUUCUGCUAUGACCUCAUUCUGGAGUACUUGGACUGCUUUGAAGGGAGAUAGCAACAACAUGCAGAACAAGUAUCCCGCAUGUUUGAUUUAAGGUCGCCCGUAGGCGCUUCUACGUCACUGCUUGAACCUGCUAUUGAAAGAACUGAAUGACAAAAAAAAAAAAAAAAAAAGUGGUUCAAAAUUUUAACCUUUAAUGUACAGCUGUGAUUUUUCUUCUUGUGGUGACAUUUUAUCUUUUUUAAAAAGAAAAAAAAUGGCGCUUUCGCCGCUGUACUGAAGCUCUGUUGUGCCAAGGCUUUCUGUAGCCCAAAAAAAAAAAGAAGAAAAAAAAAUCUAUUAUGAAUGACAAAAUUGACCCGUGUUGUUGUGAAGUUGGGUCACCUUGGCCGUGAUUCAUUGUUUGGGUUACAACAGCGUUAUCUCUACAUGGACUUUUUUUUUUUCCCCCUCCAAGAGCAGUUCAUUGUGCUUUUGGCAUGAAUUAACUAGCAUACCAUAAACGGCCUUAUUCUCUGACAAUAACACACGAUAAGUUUCCACAAAGCGGACAAGAGAUUUUCCAGUCUUCUAUUUUUUUUCCCGUCUUGUGUUGGCCACACAGUUGAUCUUUUCCUUGGACUAUUUACUGUUGCAGUGCCAAACCCUACGACUGACUUGAACAUUUUCUUAUUUUCUUUUUUCUGCUUUAUCUUGAUAGAUAAUCAUUCAGUAUGUACUUCACUCUGUGAUUGUAUCUCGCAACAAUUUGGAAAGAAAGAGGAGUAUAAAAAGUGCUUUCGCUAACUGUAGCAGUUGGAUUAAAUUAUGUACGCUAGCAUUCAUGAGGCUUCUGGAUUGAGUUGAAUUAUGGCAUUAAGAGUUAUUACCGUUCAUUCUCGCUUAAAAUGACUCUCGAGUUUCCUCGAAUCGCUAAGAUCGACCCCGACAUUUAGCAAGUGCUGUAGUGCUUAAUAAUUAUAUAUAUAUUUUUUUUAUUCGGUGCUAAAAUGAAAAACAGAUUAAUGCCACAGCGUAGUAAAACUGUUUUGAGAAAUGCUAACACUGCAGAAGUAUGUUAUUGAUCAUUUAUAAGCAAUGUAAAAUAUCCAAAAGAAUAACAUUUAUACCAAAAAAUACAGCCAAUUUUGUGGUCACCAGAUAAAAUAAAAAUUGGAACAACACAUUUAGGCCUCUCGCAUUCCUAGUCAUUUUAUACAAUUGCCGAUAGCGCAGUGGAAAAGUCACUGUACAUGUCUGAAAUAUAUUUUUAACAAACAUAAAUGCACCACGAGGGAAUUAUUUUCCUGGUAUUUUUCUCCAAAGGCAGGAAAAUGUUAUCUGUGAGCAGCCAUUAUCAUCCAUCAUCAGCCUUUAAAAUGCUCUAGCUAGCAUACCUCCCCAAACAGUAUAAAGAGCAGCUUUUUCCCGGACAUGCCCUAAUAGACCCCUGAAAGCCACAGAAAGCUGACAAAUGGAAGCCAGGUGGACAUUUUGCAGCUGCGCUUAAGAAAAAUAAUGUGCGCUCGGAAUGAUUACGAAAGGGGAAUGAGGUAGCUACUGUUUAGCCAGUGAUCAAAACAAUCACUGGAUUAAAGCAGCAAGUGCCUGAAUAUUUUUUUUGUGGCGGCGGAUGGACGGAAUGUGUAUAUACAAAUACUGUACAUUGUGAAUACUUUGUGAAUAGUAAACUGUGUCUGCCCAAUUGUGACUACUCCAUAACCAUCAAAUUGAAUGUCUUGUAAAUGACAUUUUCCGUCGUUAAUUUGCGCUAUUAACAACCACGUCCGUUUGAGUGCAGCAUGUUGGACUCAUUUUCCUAUAAAGAUGCCCAAACCACCCCCCGCUGUGCUUUUCAGCAGCUACUCCCACCAUGUGAGUGAAAUGUACUUUUUGUCAUUCCAAAGCUUUUAAUAAUGACUGCGCUCCGACUGCCAUGUUGGUUCCGUUGACUUCACUUGUUUUCUUGUAGGAACCAAUGAUACAUGACUACUGUGUUUUUGAGCGUUGUGUUUGUGAAGAAAAGUGUGUAUUUACAUAGCGGUAUGGAGAAGGAAGUUUAACAAUAAAAGAACAAGAUGGCGUAAGAA